UAUCCUAGUUAUGAGUGUUACAAAGAUAUACAAAAACAAUUUGUUGAAAAAAUAGAUAGACAUGAUUAUAAAAUUAGUGAUCAGAUUUUGGAAUUUGAAAUAAAAUAUCCACAUAAUAUACUACAGAAACAUGAUUUAUCUGAUGUUUUUACUAAUUUAAAAAAAUAUUUAAGCAACGAUCAUGUUUUUGGUUCAGCUCAUUAUAAUGGGGAAGGAACUUGUAAGUAUAUUAGCUACUUGUUAUGUGAUAAAAUCCGUGAUAAACAUGGUAUAUGUGAUGAAAACAGAUUUAAUUUGCUCAAAGAAUUUGUAGACAAAUACAAUAAAUCUACUAAUUCUGAUAUGUGUAAAAAUAUUGUUAAUCACAUAGAUGGUCUUGAAUUUAAAAAAAUGAAAUCCUUAUAUGAGAUCUAUGAUUGGUACACUUCUUUGUCAGAUGCUUAUGCACACGGGAAUAAGCAUUACUGUAGCAACAUGAAAUAUUUAGUUUAUUUAUAUAAUACAUUUAUAAACAGUUAUCGAUCUGAUAUCUCAAUAUUUUAUACAUUAUUAAAGAAUUUUGAAGGUUUAAUGAACAAUCUCUUAUCGAGAGCAAUACCUCUUUGUUCAGAAUAUGACUUUGCAUUAGUUAAUGCUGAUUUAUAUAAAUCAGUAUUAAUAUCACCAAAUCCAUCAGGGAUAAAUAGUAUACCACCAAAAGGAGACACCUCAAAUAAUAUAUUUACUCCAGAACAAUCAGAAGUAAUAAGUUCAUCAAUAAGGAUAGAAGAAGAACAAAAAGAAGCUUAUCCGGAAAUUCCCCAAAUAUCUAAAGUAUCAGACCUAUUACAUGUAGAAGUACCUUCUGUAACACAAUCCCCCGUUGGAGAAAGACAACUACAUCAAAAAGUAAACACUUAG